ACAAAAGGUCAAAAGGAAGGGUACAGAACGAGACAACACAACAACAACAUUAUAACAACAUAACACAACACAACAGCAACAUAAGAACACAACCACAUUAUAACAGCAUAACAACAACAUAAGAACACAACAAAAUUAUAACAGCAUAACAACAACAUAAGAACAUAACAACAUAACAAAAGAACUACACAACAACAUAACAUAAUUAUAACAACACAACAACUUUAUAACAAUAUAACAACAGCAUAACAAUCCAACAACAUUAUAACAACAUAUCCCUUAUGAUCACAGUAAAAGAAGACCCCACGUCCUCCUGGUUCUUCGUCUCCUGACGUAAACGCUCCGUCUCGACGCUGAAGCCUCAUAACGGAUGCGACGCUGCCCACGGACGUCUGACAGCUGAUAACAUCAAGGUUGGCUGAGCGAGAUAAACCCACGGUCAGUCUGAGGCCGGCCCACACGUGACCUUUGACCCCUCCAAGGUUCCUUUGUGCGAGGACUCCUUAAAAGCCGACCCCUCGGCCUCCGCCUUCAGUUCCUCGCAGCCAUGUUCUCCCAGCUCCUCUCCUCGCUCCCUUCCUUCUCCCAGCUCCUCUCCUCGCUCCCUUCCUUCUCCCAGCUCCUCUCCUUGCUCCCUUCCUUCUCUCCAUCGCUGCUCCUCGUCUUCUUCCUUUCUGUGUCGCUGGUCUGCUUUCUGAUCCCACGUCGUCCUGGUUCUGAAGCCCGAGCCUCCAUCCCGUGUCUGCCGAGGGUCCCGGUCCUGGGGAGCCUGCCGUGGCUGGGAGGAGGCCUCCCCCCACACCUGCUCUUCUGCCAGCUGGCCCAAAGACUCGGGCCCCUGUUCGCCCUCUACCUCGGGCCUCAUUACACCGUGGUGGUGAACGGCCAUCAAAACGCCAGGGAGGUGCUGCUGCACAGAGGGAGGGACUUCGCCGGACGGCCGCGCAUGGUGACCACCGACCUUCUGACCCGCGGCGGCAAAGACAUCGCCUUCGCAGACUACUCGCCGCGGUGGAAGCUCCACCGCCGCCUGGUCCACAGCUCCUUCGCUCUGUUUGGAGAAGGAACCGGACGGCUGCAGGACAUCGGUGCUUUAUCACCAUCACUACACUUCUCGUCCUCGGUGGACGGCCUGUGCGUCCAGCUCUUAUCUGGAGGGACGCGAGGCUUUGACCCCGCGCCUGCCGUGAUCAGGGCCGUCACCAACGUCGUGUGCACGCUGGUGUUCAGCUCCACCUAUCGCCAUGGCGACGCCGAGCUGCAGGAGGUGGUCCGGUACAAUGAUGGCAUAGUCCAGACGAUCGCCAGCGGAGCGCUGGUGGACAUCUACCCCUGGAUCAGGGUUCUUCCAAACAAGGUUCUGAGCAAACUGAAGGACUGUAUCACAGUGAGGGACCGACUGCUGACGCGCAAACUGGAGGAACACAAGGCUUCGCUGAGCGACGGCGAACCCCGAGACCUUCUGGACGCGCUGCUCAAAGGCCAGAGCGGCAGCCGCCGAGGUCAAAGGUCGCGUGGGUCGGAGGGCGAGAGCAUCACAGACGACCACGUCCUGAUGACGGCGGCGGAGGCGUUCGGAGCGGGGGUGGAGACCACGUCCACCACGCUGCUGUGGAUCCUGGCCUACCUGCUGCACCACCCGGAGGUGCAGGACCGGCUCCAGAGGGAGCUGGAUGAGAAGGUGGGAGCCGAGCGGGCGGUGAGCGUGUCCGACCGCAGCCAGCUGACCUACCUGGACUGCGUCAUUAACGAGGGCAUGCGGAUCCGGCCCGUCAGCCCGGUGCUGAUCCCACACACGGCCAUGACCGACAGCAGCAUCGGGGGCCAUUCCAUCUGCCGUGGAACCCGUGUCUUGGUCAACAUGUGGUCAAUUCAUCAUGACCCACAACACUGGGACAAACCGGACCUGUUCAACCCAGAUCGUUUUCUUGACGACCGGGGUCAGAAGGUCACGCCUACGUGCUUCCUGCCAUUCGGAGCUGGACCUCGGGUCUGCGUUGGCGAAUCACUGGCCAGGCUGGAACUGUUCCUCUUCCUGUCCUCUCUGCUGCAGCGAAUGAGCUUCAGGCUGCCAGACGGGGCUCCCCUGCCCAACCUGCAGGGGCAGCUGGGCGUCGUCUUGCAGCCGUUGCCCUUUAAGGUUGUGGUGACUCCGAGGCCAGGGUGGGAGAAUGGAGCAAAGUAAACGACAGUCAGGGCAAAGAACCAGGAAAGAAAGAUAAAAGGCUUUUAUCCAAUAGAGCAGCGUAAAGGUGACUCUGAUUUACUUAUUAGAGGCUUUCUGACAUGUUUGUAUCUACGGAACAAAACAUUCCUCAGUUAAUUCAAAUGUAAACAUAUUGAUUCCUUUUGUCUGAGGCUCAUCAAAACCAGGAGGAAUGUGAUGACUAAGCAGAUGGAUGAUCGUGGCUCCGCUGCACAAACAGACAAACGGGUUCAGAAUCUAACAUUUUAUUUUAUUGAAUAUCUUCACACACAUUUAGAACAGGCUGGUUAAGUUAGGUCACACACAUACAAACAAACAAACAAACAUACACACUAAGUUAGUAUUACUAACAAUUAGCAUUGUUCUCAUAUUACAAGAAUUUCAAAUCAAAGACAAAUCUCUUUGAUUCUUAAUUCAACUCUGCAAACAGGAAAGACAGAAGAGAUUGGAAAAAGAAACUAUCGAUGCUCAGUGAGGAAAGUGCUUCUACGACAGAGUGAGAUUUUAGUAAAUUCGCUAAUUUUGCCAAACACUCGAUGAGAAACUGCUUCCAGUCUCCUCACAAAACAUGUGAACAUUGAUCAAACAUUAUGAUUCCAAAAUCUAGAGUUAAACAGACCUUUGACUAGGUUCACUCCUCAGUCAGUCCUGGGUCCACAACGAAUGGAGAACAAACACACUCAAGCUGAAAACUGUCCUUCAGCUUCUCAUUGUCUCCUCGUUUGUUCUAAAAUCUUGGCUUCCUUCGUGUCCUAAUAGUUUGUUAAUGUUCAUCCAAAGGCUUCUAGGGUUUGUUUCCGCCUUUUUUUUAGGAUUAAUAUUGUCUAUUUAACAUCCUCAGCAAUGUUCUGUCACCUUUUAAUCAAAUUAAACCAACUAAAGCUUU